AUGCCAAGAGCAACGUGUACGUGCUCAGCAACAAGUGUGAAGGAUCCAAAGACCUUCUGUCUCAACUACGUGAAGCGAACGCGGAGCUCCGGGAACAUUUGGCAGCCAAAACGGCCGGAGGGGGGAAUGGAAUGGCAGUGUGCGAAGCUGAAAGCCGGUGCCAAGGAUACCCCGAGAGCACAAGUGUCAAAAGCGAACGAUUCCUUGUUUGUGGUUCCUACGCCUGUGCGAUUGUCCAACCGUAUGCUGAAUACGAUCCGAACGAAGAUCAAAACAGCAGCCUACGAAGGACCUCAAGGACAUGGCUUCGAUGUGAUGUUCAAUCGCUUCGACCAGGAUGGUUCGGGCUCCUUAACGGCACGGGAGGUGCGCCGUGCUCUGAGGAGGAGCUUAAGGAUUCCGGAGGGCACCCUCAGUGACCAGCAGAUCAUCUCACUUUGCGCAUGGUUGGACAUCGAUGGCUCUGGCCUCGUAGAGAUCGAUGAUCUCGUGGCUUUUCUGAGUGUGGAGCCACAGAUCGAGCCUCCUCGUUUGAAGAGCACGGUCGAACUGGAGGGUCAGGCCUCCAACCGGUCCUUCGAGCUUGAUUGUUUUGUAACCCCAAGACGAAGCCAAGCAACGCAAACCCGCAGCAAAGCGCCACCAUUAAGCAAGGGGCUCUUGAGCACGCUUCGAUCCAAGAUGAAGGCGGCCUCCUACGCUGGUCACUUGGGUUGCGAUCUGAAGGCACUCUUCUCACGAUUCGAUCACACGGGCACUGGAGUUCUGGAGGAAGAACAGCUUCGCCAAGUGAUUCGACGAGCCAUGAGGAUCGCCCCGUCGGUGAUCUCAGAUGCACAGAUUGCCAAGCUGUGCACCAUGCUGGACAAAGAAGCCCUCGGAGCCAUCGGCAUUGACACGUUGGUGGACUUUGUGAGCAAAGAUCCAGAACGUGGUGGCAGGAAUCUCCACAACGAGUGA